UUUCACAAUGACUACCAUCCAAGUGGGCUUAUAUUUUCUUCUGGGGGCGUAUAUUCUUUUCAGUAUAUUUUUUUGUACACUGGUUCUUUUUUCAACAUUUGCGGACUCUGUUUUUAUUCGAUACCUUAGCUCAACACACUUAGGGAAACCGGUAGUUUACCAUUUGCAGCAGGUUGUGGAAUGGCUUGAAGGACCCAAGUGUGGGAUCUGUCUUGCUCAGUAUUGGAGCACUGGAGACAUGGCUCCGCGAGUUAUGAACUGUGGACAUACUUAUUGUGGGUCAUGUAUCGAAAUAUUUGCUGAGCAGAAAGAUGGAAUGGUUAUUUGUCCAUUUUGCACAAGGACACAUUUUUGUAAUACCAUACACCCACUGCCCUUCUUUUCCGAAAAUCACCUGCUCAUUAUUCUAUGUUCCUCGCUGAUCACAGUAAACCUGUGGAAAUGCCAGACUUGUCGCAAGAAAUACAGUAGCCAAGAUGUUUCCAGAACUCCACGAGUCUACUCGACUUGCGGACAUACAUCAUGUGAAGCUUGUGUCGAAAGUGAUUUCACUCAGAAAAAACGAGUGGUAUGUCUAACCUGUGAAGGAAGAUCUGGCGGAAUAACUGAAAACUGGAAACCCCAUGUGCCAAUCAACUAUGCAAUUCGGGAUUUGUUGAAGGAGUAGAAUUAUUUUAAUUUUUUUUUGAUUUUUAAGUUAAAGGCGGAGUAACGCCAGUGGGGAUUUAUCAUAAUAAAAGACUCCAAUAAGU